ACCGCGUAGGUUAACGGUGCCUUGGCAUCACAAACUGAUCUAUACACCCUGCACACAGUCAAUAGUAGUUGUCGCCACAAAAAUAGUACCUGAGGUAGACAGUGGCAGAUAAUAUAUAGUACUAUACGACAACCUGUGUGGGGUAUAGAUGUGGACUUGAGCAGUUACUGAGAUAAUAAAUCCCUAAAGACUUUUUAUAACUCUAUACCCCGGAUUCCCCGUCGGGGGUAAAAUGAGCACUUCUGCGGACAUUUACUCCAGCCCCUCGGAAGGAGGCUCAGAAUCAGUCAGCCGAGCGUGGAGAGGUAACCAGAAUAAAAGGACCCAAAGGAUGCAGAUGGAUAUCCCCAAAACCAUGUUACAUAUGUAUGGGGGCUGUUAGUAUAUAAAAUCACAGAACAUCUUCUACUUCUUAUGAAUAUACAAUCCUAUUUGUUAUUACAAGCUUUCACUUGGGUUUAUGGCUUUCUUAUCAGAUAACCAGAUAAGUAGUGUCCUCUUCUGGUUAAUCAAUAAUGAAGGGAUUCCAUAGCAGAGAUUUUCCUGACCUGUAGAUUCUCCCAAUGUUUCCUAAUCAUUUCCUAAAGACUAAUAUUAUAUUACAAAAAUACACAGAGCCUAAAUAUUAGAUAGGAUUAUUUCAGAAAAGCCCAGAAACAACUGUGACCCUUAUAUAAUGGGGCCUGGAGUCCGGAUCACAGUACAGUCCACCAGCAGAACCUCCCCAGAGCACAUCUGUGAGAGCAAUGGCCGCCCACUGGGGAACAUCAAUGGUUCUUUCCACAUGGCUUCUUCUGAGCCUCAGCUCUUGUGUCCAUGGAACAGGAGAGCAGAUCCCUGGUACAGAUGGGUGGGAUGUCCCUCCAGUGUCCGGCGGAGAUUGUCCAUUCUCUCUGGGCACCACAUUUCCACCACGUGUGAAGGUUGAUAUGAAGGUCGGCAGUAGGAGUUCUGCACAUCUCAUGACUGACAGUAUGAAGAGCCGCUCAAUGUCUCCAUGGGAAUACAGCCCUAACGUGGACCAUAACAGGUUCCCUGUGGUCAUCAAUGAGGCCAGAUGUCUCCACCACGGCUGUAUGGACUCUGAGGGUAAUGUGGACCUCAUUAUGAACUCAGUCCCCAUCAGACAGGAGGUCCUGGUCCUGCGUCGUGAGAUGAGAGAAUGUGUCCCCGUCUAUAAGCUGGACAAGCAACUGGUCACCGUGGGCUGCACCUGUGUCCGACCCAUCACCCACUACCUCAAAUAAGAGGCGACUCUGUAAUGGUACCUCCUAAGAAGUGUUACCUUGUUACCCAUGGCGACCAAUCAGAGGACACGUUUUAUCUUCCUAAUAUGAUUUAGAAAUCAAAAGCAGAAUUCAGAUUGGUUGCUAUUGGCAACAAGGAUUUCAGGCCUACUGGGGACACUAAACGUUUUGCCCAUAACAACCAAUUAAAUUCCAGCUAUAAGUUCUCUAGCGACAGAAUGGGAGAAAUCUGGUUGUCAUGGGCAACAGCUUCAAUAACUUUAUUUGGUAAUUACAUUCUUGCAAUGUGCAAUAGUAUUACAAAAAUGUGUGUGAGGUGGCGGCGUUUGUUCAGUUUUAUAAGUUAAAUAUUUAUUAUUAUUUAUAUGAUGUAUUUAUGAAAAUAUUCUGAAUAUUUAUCUGAUUAUUUAUUACAUAAAACCAUUAAAAGUAUUUAU